CUCUCUCUCUCUCUCUCUCUCUCUCUCUGAAUGCUCAUCCUUGCAUUCAGAUGUCCGAGCUAAGCUCUGCAAUUGCCACAUGAAACUGUAGCAGUGAAACCUACCUCCUGCUACUGCAUGCCAGAGAACAGUGGUGCACCAUUGUAUGCGGUUACAACACUUGUUUUAUCACUGGCAGACAGAAAGCUGCAACUCACCAGUAUAGUUCAGUGUGGCUGGUGAUUUCAGCACAGAACGCAGUUUAUUUGCUAAAACUAGGUGGUGAAUUGCCCGUUGUGCAAUUUCUUAACAUUUGUGACUCAUUGAACAAUUUCCUAAUAUUGUAUUAGGUGAAUAGAAAAUGAAGAAUAUGAUGCUGUCUUUUCGAAUCCAUCUGAAAAAUGUCUGGCCUGGAAGAAAAUAACUGCUUUUGGUUCUAAUCUGAUCAUGAAAGCAGCUUCAAGCUUCAUAGGACGGGCUAAUCUGUGAGAAGGAACCUGUGAGGCUCUCUCAGCACUGAUGUCACAGGCACAGCAAGAACAGCAUAAGGAGGAGUCAGAUUUCACAAAGUACUGUAUGAGCAGCGCUGUAUGCUAACAGAGUAGGCACUAAUCACACAAGGAUUCUGCAUGGGAUGUAAGCAAUAUGCUGAGACUGAACUGUCAAAAGGAUAAUGCAAAAUUAAACUCUGGUGUUUCAUAUGGCAGGUUCUGUUUGACUUAGCGAGAAGACAUAAAACUGUGGGAUUUGAAAAGUAUGAUUAAUGAAGGCCAUCAUGUAUAUUGGCGGCACAUGCCAAAGCAGUGCACUUCCUGCCUUAAUGCGGUCGCCAAUUCAAGCCAUGCAGCCGCACUUGGAUAUCAAACCAUUUCUUCCAUUCCCGCUGGACACUGCGGCUGCCGUCAGCCUUUUCCCCAAUUUUAAUGCGGAGAUGCUAAACUUGUCUCUUCAACAUUUCCCUUCCUGCCACCAAGAAAUCCAAACAAUGGACCCAGUUCAGAAAGCAGUGAUAAAUCACACGUUUGGGGUACCACUUCCUCCAAGAAGAAAACAAGUAAUUUCAUGCAACAUCUGCCAACUAAGAUUUAAUUCUGAUAGCCAAGCCGGGGCACACUACAAAGGCACUAAACAUGCCAAGAAGCUCAAAGCACUGGAAGCCAUGAAAAAUAAGCAGAAAACUGUUGCUGCCAAGGACAGCGUAAAGACCACCUUCACUUCCAUCACAACCACCACCAUCACUGCCAGCUCUGACAAAGCAGACAGCAGUCAAGAGACAGCUACAAUAUCAAAAGUAACAACACUGGCAGCAGCAAAUGAUAGCGUAUCAACCGAAUCCAUUUCCGGGACAGAGAAAUCCUUUACAUCCAGUAGCUGCAACACAACUCUUCCCAAGGAGACCGAUGAAGAAAAAGCGAAGCGGCUCCUCUACUGUUCUCUCUGCAAAGUGGCUGUCAACUCUGCCUCACAACUGGAAGCACACAAUAGUGGAUCGAAGCACAAAACGAUGCUGGAAGCUCGAAAUGGUGGGGGUCCAAUUAAGGCAUUUCCUCGACCAGGCAUCAAAGGCAAAACGUCCCCCAUCAAAGGAGUUACAACCGGCCUGCAGAAUAAAACCUUUCACUGUGAAAUCUGUGACGUGCACGUCAAUUCAGAAACACAACUCAAACAGCACAUAAGCAGCAGAAGACACAAGGACAGAGCUGCAGGGAAACCUCCUAAACCCAAAUACAGUCCAUACAACAAGCUACAAAGGAAUACCAAUGCACUUGCAUUGAAACUGGCCUUUCAGAAGGAACUGGCAAAGCCGCUGGCCGCUCGGCUUUUACCAAACCCGUUUGCUGCUGCAGCUGCUGCCGCUGCCGCAGUGAAUUCACCGUUUGCUUUGCGCUCGGGCCCGACAGCCACGUUAUUCCAAACAGCAGGUCUGCCUCCAGCCCUCCUCCGACCUGCUCCUGGACCUAUGCGGGCUGGCCACACUCCCGUUCUAUUUGCUCCAUACUAACUCGCCUAAGCACAGGAGUGAACAUUAUAAGAGUAAUAAUAAAGUACUGCAAUAAUUCAAACAGGGAACGAUGCAGUGAUAAUCAUGGAAAGAGACUAAACUCUGCUCCUGCAGUAACAUACACAGACUGUGAGUGGCUGCAUCUUGAUUCAGCAAAAAGUAAAGCAAUCCUUCCACAGGAAAAUCUAUUACACAGAUAAUAUGAGUAGUUUUUGUGUUGUAGAAAUGUAUAGGGUCUGCAAACUACCCAUAACAAUCAUCAGCCUUUUUACACAGUAUUUUUGUGUAAUGUUUCCAUGUCUUGUGAAUAGUCUGUAAAUGUGUGUAAGGGCAUUCAUCUAAGGUCUUGUAUGUGCAUUUAAUUUCUUUCUGUAGGAUGAAACAAAACAAUGGGACACUGUGAUAAAAGUCUUCAUUAACCUUCCCCACCGUUCAGCAACUUCCUGCCUGGUAUUUAUCCAGUUAUAAACUUGUAAAUGGUGUCUUGUGGGUCUAUUGCUUUGUGCUGUAAAUUUUUUAUGUUAUAAUUGUCUAAUAUGAUUUUAAAACGUUAGAAGGAAUGAAAAGCAGAUGAGAUAAGUUUAAUUUUUAUAUGGCCUUUAGAAUUCAGGAAGGUCUGUGGCUGUUUUUAUGGAGUUCAUUGUGUAUUUAUUUUGAUUGGAGCAAAGCCAGGUAUUAAGCUGUAAGGACAGCAUUAUCCAGAAUUUCAUCGUGGGUCAAGGGUGCUUAAUGGGCCUGUCCCAAUUAAGCAACUUUUUUGGAGACUGCCAGCAACCGUCAUAGGUCGUUACGGUUCGCCAAAACGU